AGCAACUACGUUCGGAACGUACACUAACAAACGCAGUUAACGUAAAGAUUUACGACGUACUGUUUUAACGUAGAGUUGUGAUAUGUUUACAUUGAGCGUAUUUAAUCCAACUCUGUGUUUUAAUUUGGCGUUGUUAGUGAGUGGACGUUACAGUGAACAGAAUAACGCCUUAUUAUCAGGGAUAUCUGGUCUCUCUGUCACCCGGAAGAAGAGGUUAGUGUGGAGGAAGCUUUCACAUGCUUCGAGUUAGCAAGUAGCAGCCUGAUAGCAUCAAGUGUUCUCAACUCAUUGAGAUGUUAGAAGGUGAAGGAACACGUGAUUGAGACAGAUAGCAGAGUAUUCAAAGCAGUCCCACCUGGUUCAUUCAUUUCUUUGACAGCUAUGGAGUUUCUCCCUGUGCUUGACCCACUAGAUAAACCAAAAGAAGGGAUAUGGUAUUCUGUGAUACCCAGAGGAAGUGCUCCAGGUGUUAGCGUGGGUCACACCUGCACAUUUAUUCCAUCUGCAGAUGAAGGAAAAGGAAUGAUUCUUAUUGUUGGAGGAGCAAACCCAAGCGGGAGUUUCUCAGAGUCACAUAUCAUAAAUCUUGAUAAUCAUGAAUGGGAUAUCCCGGAGUGGGAACGUUUAGAGACACGUUAUGAACACUGCUGCUUUGUGCCGGAUAGCUGCCCUCAGAGCCUGUGGGUGUUUGGAGGGGCACAGCAGAGUGGCAAUCGCAACUGUAUCCAGAAUUUGCAGCUAACGGAGAAUGUGUCUCACUGGAAGACUGUAUCAGCAAAUGGCAAUCCCCCCAGUCCCAGAACAUACCACACCUGCUCUGCCUGCCUAGGAGACAGACUGUAUGUGUUUUCUGGAGGGGAGGCUGGAGCUGCACCUGUGUCCGACUCCAUACUUCAUGUCUUUGAUACAGUGUCUUCUACCUGGUCCCAACCAGAAACACAAGGCAGACCGCCGUCAGCAAGACAUGGCCACAUAAUUGUAGCAGCAGGUUCAAAGAUCUACAUUCAUGGAGGCAUGGCUGGGGACAAAUUCCACAGUGAUAUGUACUCCCUCAAUACAAGGAGCAUGAAAUGGGUGAAAGUGCAAGCCAAAGGAGACAUCCCACAAGGUGUCGCAGCCCACUCUGCUGUGGCAUUGGACAAGAACAUCUACAUUUUUGGAGGGAUGACAGCAGAUGGGGCCAGCAACUCCAUGUACAGAUUCAACACUGACAAAUGCAGAUGGGUCCUUAUGAAGUUUGAGGGGGACAUGCCACCCAACCGCCUGGACCACUCGAUGUGUUUAAUACCAUGGCACGUGCGUGUUGAGGGGAAUGGUGAUGAGGAGAAAGCCAGCAGCCCAGCAGCUUCAGAGAUAAUACAUUUAGCCUUUGUAUUUGGAGGGAUGGAUACCCAGGGUGUCAUUCAUAAUGACUGUGUUGUUACUGUUGUUACAUGAUGUCAUUUUAUUCAUUUGCCAAAGUUGUAAUAAAUUGUUAAAUGACUGUACAAGACAUCUGUAAAUAAUAAAAAUAAGUUUUACCAGA